CGCGUUUUGAGUGACGCUCAGAUCAAGAAUAUUAAAAGCGGCAAUGUCACUCUUCCACCCCCUGAUACAGAAGAUGAAAUCGAAGAGCAUCAAAGUUCCCCGGCAAGCACUGAUAAUGAGGGUCCUGCUUCCAGGACGCAGCCGCCCAGCGACGUUGUCAAGGAUGCUGAACCGACGGAAGUGGAUACCGCGCCACAAGAAAGCGCCCUUGAGGUGCUGGCACCUGCGGUGCAACUACCACAACCGGGUGCACAACUCGAUGCACCGUCAGGUGGCUCCGGAACGGAAGGCGAUGAGGCCACUGCUGGCAACAAAGUCGAUGCGCAGCCCCACAAUGCAGGACCGAUGCGGGACGAUGUGCAAAAUGCGGGCAACACUAGCAGCAAUGCUGAACCGACGGAAGUGGAUACCGCGCCACAAGAAAACGCCCUUGAGGUGCUGGCGCCUGCGGUGCAACUACCACGACUGGGCGCGGACAUGGGGUUGAAGCUCAACAAAAGUGCUGACGGCGCUGUGCGUGGGCGUAUGCCUCAAGUUGUGCUGCUCGUCCUGCUGGGGCUGUGUGGCGUCGUAGCAGUCUUUUGA